UUUGCUAAUGAACGUGGCCCUACUUUAGAGGAAACUUUUAUUGUUCAGUUGAAAUUGCCAUAAAUAAAACUCUUAACCUUAGUCUUUUGGUUAAUUUCUAGGCCGACAAAUACUGCACACAGUAUAUUGAAUGACACAAAUAGCAAUGGUCACCUGAAGGUAAAAAGUGAACUCGUAAAUUGUGAGCGCCGACGCAAAGACUACUAUAGUGUUCAAGCUAGAAUGUAAACAAUCAUGGCUCUUUUAAUCAAGGCAAAUAUGCAUCGACGGGCGAUUUUCAAGCUGAUAGAAGUGCUGCCAAGUUUGACUUACGCAGAGAGAUCUUAUUUUAUACAAAACUUUUCAACAUUGUGUAAUGGGGGUGCCGGAAAUACAAGAACUGUUAAAGAGACGGCAAUUGUUGAACAGUUACUCCCACCCUUCCCGGAACGUAGUAGUAGUAUUUUGCAUCCGAAGUGCUUUUGCUCAGAUUCACAAGUGAAAUGUUGGCACUGUGGGAAAGUAAGUGAAAGAAUUAAGAACUUUUGUGACGAAUGCAACAAAUUGCAGCCCUUGGACGAAACUUUAAAUUAUUUUGAAGUGCUUGGCAUUGGGAAAGUGUUUGCGGUUGACACCAAGUCUCUGACGCAAAUCUUUCGGAAGUUGCAGGCGAAGAUCCAUCCUGAUAAAUUUUCUCUUGCUACUGAGACUGAAAAGCAGUAUGCUCUGGAACACUCUUCAAUAAUUAAUAAAGCAUAUCACUGUUUGCUGAACCCAGUUGAAAGAGCACUGUAUCUGUUAGAUCUUGCUGGUCAGCCACUACAUGAAGGACAGAUAGAUUUGGAUCCUGAGUUCUUAAUGGAGAUUAUGGAAGUAAAUGAAGAAUUAGCUGAAGCAACAAAUAAAGAAUCUGUAGCAGAUAUUGGAUUGAAGAACCAAAAGAUUCUGGAUGGUCUCUUGAUGGAAGCUGAUGAUGCUUUUUCAAGAAAUGAUAUCCAGACAGCAAGAAGUGUUGUAGCAAAGGUUAAAUAUUAUCACAACAUAUAUUUAAAAGUGAAAGAUUAUGAAAGACAACAUGGCAUUGUUGACUGAUGUAUGAACAUGUCUUUUUACUUUACUGAUGUUCUUAUUAACAAAAUUAUAGUGUACAGUAAUUAUAGAAGAAUCCUGCAUAUA